AUGAGCGGAAGUGAGAAAGCGGUUAACCGCCUUAGCCUCAAUUCUCCGCUCCUCCGCUACCUGCAAGGCGCCGCCGCUGCCAGAUCUCCGACUGUCCUGUUUCCGCAUGAUUUCGACGGCGCCGACGCGGAAAAUGCCUUCAGUUCUCCCUCGCCUGUCUCCAAGAGGAACCAGUUCAGCAGCUCUUCCGGAAGCAACGGCCGCAGAUCCACGGCGUCUUCAUCGCCCCUGUCGUCGUUGUCUUCUUUGGAGAACGCGAGGAAGUCAUCGGUCUUCGGCGUCGGUCCUCUGAAGGCGAUGGAAGACGAUGUGUUGGUGAUGGAUGCGAUCAGCGUUUCUCCAGACGUCGGAGGAACGGCUAGGGUUUCUGGUAGGACUCGCGUGCUGUUUGAGUCCGGCGGUUCGUCUUCGUAUAGUUCUUCGUCUUCUUCGUCGGGGAACAAGAUCAACAAGACUGAACUCUGUAGGGCUUGGGAGGAUCACGGAUACUGCCGCUACGUCACUAAAUGCCAGGUUGGGAGUAACAGAUCACUGACUCCACCUUCAUACCCUACAAAAUCCCUCAUGUAUUCACCAGGGAUGACUUCAGCAACGGCAAACCAAACAAGAUAUGCUUCCAACACACCUGAACACAGCAACAGGGGCACCUCGAGCUUCAUGAGAUCGGAACUCUCCAGCAGGGGCUCCAAGAGAAGUUCAACUUCGGAUGCCAGGGUCAGUAUCUCCACUCCACCCAGACUACACCUUCCAAGCAGAAGCUCAACAUCCAUCAAGAAGCCUGAAGGCUUCAGAAUUUUGGGUUCCGGCAACACCAGCUCAUGCGACUGGUCACCCUUGGACGAUAACAUCGAGGUUUUCCUGCCACCUUAUGCUGAAAAAUCCACAUCAAGGGAAGAUGUUGAUGCCUAUAUCGACCGAAUUCUUCAUGGCCCAUCUACAAAGAAAAGGUUGCCUGCAUUCACAAGGUUCUUCCCAUAG